AUGUCUCUUUGCGGCAAACCUUUUCUGCUACUAUGCUGCCUUUUAGCGCAAUACCUGAAUUGCGUAUCUCCGGAACCAGCAUGCGAGGACACGACGCAUCGCCACGCUACAGUUAAAGAAUUCACGUGUUCCAACUUUACAAGUGCCGACGAUUUCGAGAAGUAUUUUAAACAUGACGAAGACUACGCGGACCUGUGGUUCGUUCUCAAGGACAGUAACAUCGACUACCUACCACCUGGAGUGCUUGCAGGUACAAGAGCGUCGCUCCUUGAAUUCAACAACGUCAAACUCAAGUCGUUUACGGCUCCGGACUCGAAUGCUACCGCUUUUGCGGGGCUGGAGAACUCGGUGCGAAGGAUCGCAUUCACUCACAAGAGCAGUGUCCCGAGCUCGUGGGAAAUGCUGAAACCCUUGACGAAGUUGGAGGAACUCGUCUUCUUCGAGAUGUCCUUGCUCAACCUCACUCGGGACUUCAACAAACUGCCGAAGACUCUGAAGAAAGUGGUAAUCAUCCGUUCCACCAUCGGAUUCGUCGACGAAGAUUGGAUGGCCUCUCUGCCAAACCUAGAGAACGUCCGAAUUCAAAGUAGUACUCUGGACAGAUUCUCGAGGAAGAUGCUACCACGUCCUGCCAAGCAUCUUCGAAAGCUAACUAUAGGCGACAGCUCGCUUACGUCCCUACCGAAGGACUUUGGGGCGGACUUCCCGGCGAUGAUUCAAGUCAACCUUCGGCAAAAUCUCAUAAACACGUUUGAGAAAGCAAGCCUGUCGCCUCUGAACAACAAUAAAACUGUGGUCGUGCUUUCUGGAAACCCAGUACAGUGCGACUGCAAAAUUUCUUUCUUGCUUGACUUCCCGGAGACAUGGGUCUACCCACAGUGCAGCAGUCCCGAAAGCCUCGCGGGCACUUUCCUGCGGAACGUCACGACGGAGCAGCUCAACUGCGAAAACGACGGACGGCUGAGUCGUGCCGACCCUUAAAUAAAAGAAGUUAAAAACCUUUGA